AUGCGGACGACUUUGGCCGUAAUUGCGGCACUGAUCGUGUGCGGCACAACCGUCGUUCACUCGUUCCUGCUGGGCGCUUCAGGUUGUGGAUGCGGGUGAGUGAAGAGAGAGAGAGAGACUUCAUCUGAGAUCUGGAAAGAUGUUCAGAAGCACUCUUUCUCAAAAAAGUCUGAACUAUAGUUCCAGUGCACCCUUUCGAACGAAUUCUAUCGAGAAUUGGGCACUCUUGUUAGUGUAUGAUGAAACCAUGUACUCCAAAGCUCAUGCAUCAAUGCGUCCGUUCUCUUUCGUCUCUAUAUCUAGCUUCUCCUUCUCCAUCGUCUCCUUUACAUCGCAAAUGAUAUGGUUACGUCAUCACGCGGAGGUCGAAUUCGGAAACGAGGUUUUUACACUAAACCUGAUGGAAUUUUUGCGCAAUUUUUUUCCUAUCCGUUUCGCGGUUCGCUUCGGGUAUCAUCAUUGCGUAAUAGUGUCUAAAGACAUCGAGCUACAGAAAAAUCACUCUAAGAUGGUGUUGAUCUGAUAUUUCUCUUCUCAAAAACACUUGAUCCUAUUCCAGAGGACCGUCCCUAUCCCUGUGCGGUGGCUGUGCUCCACGCCCGCGCGUCGCUGCUCCUCCAUUCGCUCCACCGCCCCCGCCAUCACCACCACUUCCACCGAAAUGUGAUUGUCCACCCGAGAACUGCUACUCGUGUGCUCCGGCUCCAUCGUCUUGUGGAUGCGGAGGAGGAGGAGGCCGCGGCGGCGGCUACGAUUCUUAUUCACGCGGCAGACAAGACGAAUCCGAAGAGUAUUCUGAAGAGGAGGAGAGCAACGAGGAAGACGAGGAGUAG